AUGCCGGUAGUGGAGCGAGAAAAUGUCACCUACUCCUCCCAGCCUCACGACUUUGCGUGGAUUCAAGAGUUGGAAGAUUGGAGACCUGAGCUGGGAAAUAGCAGGGUCUCUCACUUUCCCGACACUGACAUUGACUGGUUCCUCGAGAACCAGAAUCUGUUGACCUCUGACUUGGACUGGAACGCAACCGAUCCUCGAACAUCCGGUGAACCAGUCACGACGACAGACGCUGGUCAAUGCAAGGUUGAUGGGGCACCACCACCGAUUUACCUCCAGGAGUCACAGUCGAAGCUCUUUGUUGCCAGCCACAAAGAUCUCAAGGCACCUACUUGCGGCUUUCGCAUCUGUAACGCUCUGACCGACGAAAGGCGGAUCGAGCUACUGAUGGAUCUACGUGACCUUGUUCAGGUUGAUCUUCGAGAUCCCAUUUUUUUGUUGAAUAGUAUGAAACAAGGAAUACAUCUCUUCGCGCGUAACGUGUCUAUCGAAUAUUCCUUUCUCCACCACGAAUACCUUUACCCGUCUUCUGAGGAAAGCCGGCAAGCCGUCAUCGAGAUCUUCGGGGAGGAGCCCGGUUUCCAGCUGAUUUGGGCAACGAUCACGCUAGGAUGGACCCUGAUGCGCAGUGAGAACAACCACGAAUAUAAUAUUGCGUCGAAGAUCCAGCGCGCUCUGAGGGCUUCCAUCAUCAAUCAUCCGGCACUCAGCAACGUGCCGCCAUUGUGGCUCGUCCAGACACUGUUCCUGGUUCUUGUGUUUGCAAGAUACCAGGGCUCACGGGAGGAGUAUGGAUUCGCAUCCGUCUUCCAUGGAGUUUUGCUCGAAGCAGUGCGACGUCUCGAUUAUAGAUCAGAACGUAAUGCCACCAAAUUCGAUCAUGGAACCAAAUCCAAUACCAUGAUAUGGAUCAAAUGGAUUCAGACAGAGACGAUACGAAGGCUGAUAAUGCAGACAUUCAUUUUCGACGUCAAAAACGCCAUCCUUCACGGUGGUGAUGUGUCGAUGACGCCGUUCGAGCUGAAUUUGCGUCUUCCUUUCUCCGAAGAUGCCUGGUAUUCCACAAAUCACGAAGAUUGGGCACACCUUAUGAAUCUAAGAGCAGAAGAGCCGGUGCCGUUUAUCACUAUGCUCAAAAGAUCUUGGAACCCUCCAUCGUUCGCGCAAAAAACGGAUGAGCUCCCGCGAGGAGCCAAAGUCAUCAUGUACGGAUUAGUCUCUAUCGCCUGUGAGCUAUCACGCCGGGAAGAUAACUCGCUCUCGAAUCGGUCAAAUUCCGCAUUGCAGUCCCUCGGACGGACAGUCAGGCAUUCACUUGAUCACUGGGAAGCCUCAUGGAACAAAAUGACCGUCCGAAAAGGGUUGCAAUCGUUCGCUUGGAGAAACUGCAUGUGUAUCGUCCGCCUCGCUCAUACUCUGUAUGAGAUCGGCCCCGUCGAUCUGCAGACUGUGGCUGGUAAGGAAAUAAUUGAGGGCAAAAGAAGAGGGGCUGCAGAUUACGCGCAUUCUCGAAGGAAGAUUCGUCUGUGGGUGAAGCAGGAACGGGCAUUACUUGGAGUCUCCCUUGCGGCCAAGGUCAUCCAGGAACGACUGGGAGAUCCGGGUUCAAGGACACAUUGCCAUCAUUGCCUGUGGUGUCUCUACCUUGCAGCGCUUAUUUGUUGGAACUUUGGCUUUGCGCUGACGGCAAACACAUAUAUUAAGGACCUGGUCAAGGACGGACAAGUUACAUCUUUCGACAUGGCCGAAAUCGCAUGCCACAAAUACCUGAACACGGUGGCUAUAUUUCAGGGCCAUGUGACAGAAACACCAGCGUCGAUCCUCGGUCAGACCGCCGGAGUACUGAUUGUGGUGCUAGAAAUCCUCAAGGCUCGUUGCGAGACCGGCAUGAUCGAGGAGGGCAUUGAACUUCUGACUCGCCUUGUUGGAAUAACCGGGUAA